CGCACCCUCAAUCUCACACGCGUGUAGUGACGGGAAGCUGUAGGCUGCUGUGAGCAUGGAUGCUAGCACCAAAGCUCAGAAACUUGAGCUUAUUGAACGGAAUAUUCGGCAUUUUCCUGACUUUCCAACCAAAGGAAUCGUGUUUAAGGAUAUUUGUCCAAUCGUGAAGGAGCCCAAAGCGCUGACUGCGGUCAUCGAUUUGUUUGAAGAACAUGUCAGACAGAAGUAUCCACAGACUGAACUCAUAGUUGGUCUGGAAGCUAGAGGCUUUUUGUUCGGGCCUCUUUUGUCGCAGAGGUUGGGAAUCGGCUUUGUGCCCGUCAGGAAGAAGGGGAAGCUUCCCGGUCCUACCGUGGCUGUUGAAUAUGUGAUGGAAAAAUGUGAAGAGGUUCAGAGAAUAAAGUGUGGCUCGAUGAGUGUACAAUGCAUGUAUUACGAAGGUUUGAGUUAAGCGUGUUUUUUACAGGCUGAAGCACAAGUCGAUGGUGUGGAACGUGGACAGCAGGUCAUUCUGAAGAUCUUGCAUGUUUUGUUUGUGAAACUUUUAUACAAUUGUGUUCAACACACACUACACAUCUAAGUAACCAAUUAUGUAUGUAAAGUAAUUAGUUCCUAAAUAGUUCUAUCUAAAUUUCUUAGUACGUAACUUAAUAUUGAAUAUAUUUAAUACUCUUAAAUAUAUUUUAAUAGAAGUCCCCUCUUCCCUUCACUCUUCAAUAUAUUUAAAUAAAAGUCCCCUCUUCCCUUCAUUCUUAAAUAUAUUUUAAUAAAAGUCCCCUCUUCCCUUCACUCUUCAAUAUAUUUUAAUAAAAGAACGAAGUCCCCUCUUCCCUUCACUCUUCAAUAAAUAUAUUUCAAUAAAA